GGCAGGAAGUCGCGGCAGGCGGCGCUGAGACGAGCUUCGGGUCCUCGGAGCGUCCGGACCGCGCAGCUUAACGCUCGUCCUUGGUGCCUGCGGCAUCCUCUGCUUUUUUCCCGGGCAGCGCUAUCGGCGGCCAGAAAGUCACCAUGUCUAUUCUCAAGAUCCACGCCAGGGAGAUCUUUGACUCUCGCGGGAACCCCACUGUUGAGGUUGACCUCUACACCUCCAAAGGUCUCUUCAGAGCUGCUGUGCCCAGUGGUGCCUCCACUGGUAUCUACGAGGCCCUCGAGCUCCGGGAUAAUGACAAGACACGCUACAUGGGAAAAGGUGUCUCAAAGGCUGUUGAGCACAUCAAUAAAACUAUUGCACCUGCCCUGAUUAGCAAGAAAGUGAACGUUGUGGAGCAGGAAAAGAUUGACAAACUGAUGAUCGAGAUGGACGGGACAGAGAAUAAAUCUAAAUUUGGUGCAAACGCCAUUCUGGGAGUGUCCCUGGCUGUCUGCAAGGCGGGGGCUGUCGAGAAGGGGGUGCCCCUGUACCGCCACAUUGCUGAUUUGGCUGGCAAUUCUGAAGUUAUCCUGCCAGUUCCGGCUUUCAAUGUCAUCAACGGUGGUUCCCAUGCUGGCAACAAGCUGGCCAUGCAGGAGUUCAUGAUCCUUCCCGUUGGUGCAGCAAACUUCAAGGAGGCCAUGCGCAUCGGAGCAGAGGUUUAUCAUAACCUGAAGAAUGUCAUCAAGGAGAAAUAUGGAAAAGAUGCCACCAAUGUGGGCGAUGAAGGUGGAUUUGCUCCUAAUAUCCUGGAGAACAAAGAAGCUCUGGAACUGCUGAAGAAUGCCAUCGGGAAGGCUGGCUACACCGAUAAGGUGGUCAUCGGCAUGGACGUAGCUGCUUCUGAGUUCUUCAGGUCUGGGAAGUAUGACCUGGACUUCAAGUCCCCUGAUGACCCCAGCAGGUACAUCACGCCUGACCAGCUGGCUGACCUCUACAAGUCCUUCAUCAGGGACUACCCAGUGGUGUCUAUCGAAGACCCCUUCGACCAGGAUGACUGGGAAGCUUGGCAGAAGUUCACUGCCAGCGCUGGAAUCCAGGUGGUGGGGGACGAUCUCACCGUGACCAACCCAAAGCGGAUUUCCAAGGCUGUGGGCGAGAAAUCGUGCAACUGCCUCCUGCUUAAAGUGAACCAGAUUGGCUCUGUGACCGAGUCUCUUCAGGCGUGCAAGCUGGCCCAGUCCAAUGGGUGGGGCGUCAUGGUGUCGCAUCGCUCCGGGGAGACCGAAGAUACCUUCAUCGCUGACCUGGUGGUGGGACUCUGCACUGGGCAGAUCAAGACGGGUGCACCAUGCAGAUCUGAGCGCUUGGCCAAGUACAACCAGAUCCUCAGAAUUGAAGAGGAACUGGGUAGCAAGGCCAAGUUCGCCGGCAGAAGCUUCAGAAACCCCCUUGCCAAGUAAGGUCCAGGUGGCGCACCCUGUGGUCCUGAGUCGGCUCGUUAGACCUCUGCUCCCCCGGGCAGCUCAAGGCCCCCAGCCCAAAGUGGCAGGGCCCUGUGCUAGUUAGCUGCCCUCUCCCUUCCCUGUGAUGUUCUCAAAGCUUCCUUAGAAUUGCUACAGAAGCCAGACUUGACCAUCUGGAACCCUGCUGGGAACGCUAGCUCUGUAAACAUGUGAUUGGUCCAAAUCAUUGCUUUCUCACCUCACUUCCACCAAGCAUCUGGAGCCAGGUCUAUUUAUGUAAUAAUCUCAAGGUGUCCACAGGCAAGAUCCCCAGUGGUUUUAUGUGCAGAAUAAAAAGGCCUCAGUGACCCAUA